AUGGCAGACGAAGGCCAACUGGUCACUUCAAUAAAGAGGGCCGAGCUGGACCUUCCUCCCAGCUGCAUCGAGUUCUGUCCAGCUUUUCCUUCAUAUUUCGUUGUUGGAACAUACUCGCUUCAGCCAGAUGGCUCUGGGAACGACAAUGGGCAGGGAGGAGAAGAAGAGAUUGGAGAGCGCCAGGAGCGGGCUCGACAGCCCCAGAGUCGCAAGGGCAGCAUUAUCCUCUUUCGAUUGAUCGAGGGAGAGUUAACAAAAUUAUACACGGAGCAAUAUCCCUCCGCUGUCCUGGACCUGCGAUUUAGCCCUCAUCAGUUUUGUCGCGAUAUUUUCGCUGUCGUCUCUAGUACAGCUACUGUGUCUCUCUAUCGCGUAGUCUACGGUUCCGCUGCGCGACUAAGACACCUCAGGAUGCUUGAUAUUGUGUCCAUGUCCAAGGGUGCAAUAACCCCAGAGCUCGGUUCAGAAAUCAUCUUCACCUCCUUCAGCUGGCACUCAACACGGACGGAUGUCCUGGCCAUCAGCUCAACACCUGGUCAGGUGUAUAUCGUGCGACUACCGCCAUUGAACAAGCUUCCAGCUGCAAUGGACGAACCACCUGCGCCAGGAGAGUGGCAUCUCUACGAGGAGCCCGUCCUCACACAUACUCUAGAGAGCUGGACCGUGGUGAUCUCACCGUCCAUGGGUUUGCCGGUACUCGGCCAAGCGGACGAGGGAGAUUAUUUCUGCAGGGUUUACUCUGGAGGAGACGACUCUAUGCUUCGCUACCGCACCUGCAAGUGGGACAAAGAUGGCAACUUCUCUGCCGACCUUCCAGCGAUCGAGUCUAGAGGCCACGACGCUGGCGUUACGGCCAUUCUCCCGCUGUUUUUUGCGGAUGACGGCCGGGAGUUAGUGGUCACUGGAAGCUACGACGAGCAUAUCAGGCUGUUUGCGGUACCGGUGUUUGGGAAGGCAGUGAACCUCGCGAAGAGCUGUUUAGGUGGAGGUGUGUGGCGCUUGAACCUCAUCAACCUGAAGAAAGAGCCAAAGAAGGGGGAGUACCGCUGGCGGGCAAGCAUCCUGGCAUCGUGCAUGCAUGCUGGGGCCAGGAUAGUCGAGCUACGGCAAACAGAGGGUGGGGAGUAUCAGUUCCGAGUGCUUGUGCGUUUUGAGGAGCACAAGAGCAUGAACUAUGGCAGUGACAUCACCCCGGACAAGUGGAGGGAGAAAUUGCCGGUUGUGUCGACGAGCUUUUAUGACAAACUACUCUGUGUGUGGGAGAUUCAUAGGGACAUUAUUUGA